AUGGUCGCGGCUGCCCUCCCCGUCAGCCGCCCUCGCCGCCGCGGUGCGCUGGCUGCAGGAAGCCGCCGCGCCGCCGCUUUUGUUGUCAGGGACCCCGCGAGGAGCGCCGCUCGCCGGCCGCCGCCACCCUCUCGCUGCAGCCCGCUCUGCGCUGCGAGGCCCGGGGCCCGGGCGCCCCGCCCGCUCGGCCCAUGAGGGGGCCCCGCGACCACCGCUGCUUCCAGCCUGGGGCGGCGCGGCGCUGAGGCGACGGUGGCGGCGCUGCCCCCUCUGCGGGAAGCGGGCGGCCUCGGCCCCCUCCUCGAGGACACCAUGGAGGUGAAUGCGGGAGGUGUGAUUGCCUAUAUCAGUUCUUCCAGCUCAGCCUCAAGCCCUGCCUCUUGCCACAGUGAGGGUUCUGAGAAUAGCUUCCAGUCCUCUUCCUCUUCUGUUCCAUCUUCUCCAAAUAGCUCUAAUUCUGAUACCAAUGGUAAUCCCAAGAAUGGUGACCUCUCCAAUAUUGAAGGCAUCCUGAAGAAUGAUCGAAUAGAUUGUUCUGUGAAAACAAGCAAAUCCAGUGCACCUGGGAUGACAAAAAGUCAUAGUGGUGUGACAAAAUUUAGUGGCAUGGUUCUACUGUGUAAAGUCUGUGGGGAUGUGGCAUCAGGAUUCCACUAUGGAGUUCAUGCUUGUGAAGGCUGUAAGGGUUUCUUUCGGAGAAGUAUUCAACAAAACAUCCAGUACAAGAAGUGCCUGAAGAAUGAAAACUGUUCUAUAAUGAGAAUGAAUAGGAACAGAUGUCAGCAAUGUCGCUUCAAAAAGUGUCUCUCUGUUGGAAUGUCAAGAGAUGCUGUUCGGUUUGGUCGUAUUCCUAAGCGUGAAAAACAGAGGAUGCUAAUUGAAAUGCAAAGUGCGAUGAAGACCAUGAUGAACAGCCAGUUCAGUGGUCACUUGCAAAAUGACACAUUGGUAGAACAUCAUGAACAGACAGCCGUUUGUCCAAUGAGUAAGUCUCCAUAUGUGGAUCCUCAUAAAUCGGGGCAUGAAAUCUGGGAAGAGUUUUCGAUGAGCUUCACUCCAGCAGUGAAAGAAGUGGUGGAAUUUGCAAAGCGUAUUCCUGGUUUCAGAGAUCUCUCUCAGCAUGACCAGGUCAACCUUUUAAAGGCUGGGACUUUUGAGGUUUUAAUGGUACGGUUUGCAUCAUUAUUUGAUGCAAAGGAACGUACUGUCACCUUUUUAAGUGGAAAGAAAUACAGCGUGGAUGAUUUACACUCAAUGGGAGCAGGGGAUCUGCUAAACUCUAUGUUUGAAUUUAGUGAGAAGCUGAAUGCCCUCCAGCUUAGUGAUGAAGAGAUGAGUUUGUUUACAGCCGUUGUCCUGGUAUCUGCAGGUAAGCAAGCUGAUUCAGAAUUGUGCCACACCAGCGUAUAGUGAUCAACUGGGGAGAAAGUGGCAGUUAACUAGGUUCCAGAAAGUUACAUAAAGGGAAUAAGGCCUUAAGGAAGAUGCUAAAUUGUAUGAUCCUGCUAUUUUUGUGUAACUAAUUUUUUCAUUAUGACAAUACAUGUCAAAGUGCUACAGGAAUAAAAUAAUGCUUACAUCUGGGCCUUGCAUUUACCUCUGUUAGUCUUUAGCUUUUUGUUCAUAAUUACUUUUGUGAGUCUAAAUCUUUAUUUCUUGGAUUUUUUAGAACAUUGUGUAUCUCUGGGUAGGUAGUUCUAAUAUGACUUUCAUUUUUUAUUCAAAUAAAAUGUGGCUUACUUGAAAACAUUCAAAGUAUCAAGGUAUUAGUAUGGUUUGUUGCAGAGAAAUAUGAAUUAGUUAUAAACUUUAGUCCAGCUCUGCCAUUGAAUUUUUUGUGUAGCUUGUGUGAAAAGUAACUUUGCUCUUUCGAGUCUUGGAUUCCUUCCUCGUCCUGUCAAAGGAAGGGGUUGUACCCUGUGAACCCAGUGUGGUGUCUGGUAUGGAAGAGCUACUCAGUCACUGUUUGACUGAGUGAGCAAGAUUUUUGAGUUUUUAGUGUUUAUAUGAGUCAUUUAUGAUGUUUCCCAGUUUCCCUGCCGUCUCACGUUUAGUUAUUUCUGACAUAAAGUGUUUCAAUUCAGACAGUAUCUAUUAAGGCAGAGAUUGUUACUCUCAGUAACAAAUUGGAAAUUGAGACACUUUCCUGCGGACAUCUAAGUGCCAGCUGUUUUUAGAUAUCAUUUUAUAACAUAUGUUGGGAGUUUUUUAGUAUUUGGUUAUGACUUUCUCAUUUGCUUCCUACUGUGUAAAGGGCACUGAGGCAUUGUGAGAGUUAUAAGAUACGGCCUCUGAUGAUGUGGCUAAACUAUAAAUUAGUAGCUCUUUAAAGAGAACAAGUUCUUUGUAUAAUUUUAAUUACCUGUACCUCAGUGGAGCAAAUAAAGACAUGCCAUUUGGAAGCAUAAUUUGGCUACCUUUUCUGACUAGCUGUACCUGGGUAACUAAAAAUGCAUUUAUAUCACACCUGUAAUUCCAGCACUUGGGGAAG